AUAGUUAGAUAAUACUUAGUGCGACCGAGUGUAUGUGUUAAAAUGAUAUUACUCGAAAUCAACAAUAAAAUAGUCGAGGAAACUUUGACAGUGAAAUUCAGAAAUGCUCUCGCUGGGCAAAAGCCAGAGUCGAUUGAUGUCAAAGUGGCGGACUUUGAUGGUGUCCUCUUCCACAUUUCCAAUGUGAAUGGGGACAAGACUAAAGUGAGGACGAGUAUAUCGCUCAAGUUCUACAAGCAACUGCAGGAGCAUGGAGCUGAUGAGUUGCUACGAAGGGAGUAUGGGGAUUUGCUCACAGACACCGAAGAUGGGUACAAUGUGUCGGUGCUAAUUGACUUGGAGAAUAUCCCGUCGGAUUGGGAGGCGGUGGCGCAACGAAUUGGCUUGCUGAAGAGGAAUUGCUUUGCAUCCGUGUUCGAGAAGUACUUUGAUUUUCAGGAGCAAGGUGAGGAGGGACAGAAGCGUGCUGUCAUCAACUACCGCAACGAUGAGACGAUGUAUGUGGAAGCGAAGGCUGAUCGGGUGACUGUGGUGUUCAGCACAAUCUUUCGCGAUGAGGAUGACGUGGUGCUGGGGAAGGUGUUCAUGCAGGAGCUUAGGGAGGGACGACGAGCAUCCCAUACGGCACCACAGGUGCUCUUCUCGCACCGAGAGCCACCGUUGGAGCUGGCCAAUUCCGAUGCACGCGUUGGGGAUAACAUUGGUUACGUCACCUUUGUUCUCUUUCCGCGGCAUACAAACAAAGAGACGCGGGAUAAUACGAUAAAUUUAAUACACAUGUUCCGACACUACUUGCACUAUCAUAUUAAGUGUUCAAAGGCGUACAUCCACUCGAGAAUGCGAGCUAAAACAUCAGAAUUCCUCAAGGUGCUCAACCGAGCUCGUCCUGAGCCAAAAAUUACAGAAAAGAAAACCAUUACUGGUAGAACAUUUGUUAGAAAGGAAUGAUCAUGGGAAUUCAUCUAGUUUCACUAAAAAAAAAAUAAAACAAAAAAAUGAAAACUAAAAUGAAAAAUGAUUAAUAAAUAAAAGAAAAUGCAUUUGUAUGAUAGAGGUAGAAAUUGUGAAAAGAGAAAAAGGAAGAAAAUUCAAGUAAUUUAGCAAUUUUGAAUGAAGAAGAUUUUUUCAUUAAAAUAGAAAUCUUUAUAUAAAGAAAAAAAUAGAGAGAAAAUCGGGAUUUUCGCAUGAAAGAAGAAGGACGAAAAAUACAUUUUACAUUUUAGUCACAAUUUUCAGAAUGUUGUAAAAUGUGAUUCUUUGUUUUUUUGCAGUACUUUUUUUUAAAUAUAAAUAAAUAUUAAAGAGAAAUUGUAUAGCAAAACGGGAAAAAUGCUAAUAAACACCGUGUUUGAAUGAU